AUGACGUCCACCGAGCGCCAUCAGGGGGCGCGUCCGCUGUCAGGCUCCAGUCUGCCCAGCAACGAAGGGUGCAACGAGGAAUUCCCCGAGUUUUGUUUACACGACCACUCGGCCGGCAGCCACACGACUACAUCUUCACCCGCCUCCACGACCCCUACCACCCCAACCACCGCCGAGCACUCCUCACCCUGCGCAGAGAAAACAUCCCCCGUAUCGCGCGACCGCACAAGCAGCGAAGCCAGCAGCACCACAACAACCGCCUACUCACCGAGCCCGAGAACCCGACGAGACAAAAAGGAGUUGCAGGCCCAACGGCUGCAGAGGUCGGGAAGCAUCAAUCUUGCGCUAGGACGAAAGGACGGCGCCCCGAAGAAGAAUCGAUUCCGCUCUGCCACGGGAUCCUCGCCCGCCGACGCUCUUGCCGCCCUUGAGCCGCCGCAUGAUCAGGGCUUGACGAGGAUGGCGUUUGCUGAACAGCAGAAAUGGAUCACGGUCCAGCAGAAGACCUUCACCAAAUGGAUGAACACCAAAUUGGAGGCUCGCCAGCUUGCGGUGAAGGACCUCGUAGCUGAUCUCAGCGACGGUGUCCUCCUCAUCCACCUCUUGGAAUGCCUAUCCAACGACACCCUCGGGCGCUACGCUUCGAAGCCCAAGCUACGUGUGCAGCGGUUCGAGAAUGCCAACACGGCGCUCGACUUCAUCAAGGCCCGCGGCAUCCAGAUGACCAACAUCGGCGCCGAGGAUGUCGUCGACGGCAACCGGAAGAUCAUCCUCGGUCUGAUCUGGACGCUCAUUCUCCGCUUCACCAUCAGUGACAUCAACGAGGAGGGCAUGACCGCCAAGGAAGGACUGCUGCUGUGGUGUCAGAGAAAGACGGCCUGCUACGACGAGGUCGAGGUCCGCGACUUCAGCGGCAGCUGGAAUGACGGACUCGCCUUCUGCGCCCUGUUGGACAUCCACAGGCCGGACCUCAUCGACUACGAUGCCCUGGACAAGUCGGACCACCGCGGCAACAUGCAGAUGGCCUUUGACAUCGCGCACAAGGAGAUUGGCAUCCCCAAGCUGCUGGACGUCGAGGACGUGUGCGACGUGGCCAAGCCGGAUGAGAGGUCGCUGAUGACGUAUAUCGCCUACUGGUUCCACGCAUUCUCCCAGAUGGAGAAGGUCGAGAACGCAGGACGCCGGGUGGAGAAGUUCGUGAACAACAUGGCCGGUGCCUGGGAGAUGCAGAGUGCGUACGAAAGGCGGAUGAGGGAGUUGCUGAGGCAGAUCAAGGAGCAGAUUGAAAAGUGGCAGCGGGCGACGUUUCAGGGCACCUAUGCCGACGCCAAAGCGCAGGCAAACGAGUUCGCCGCUUUCAAGCGCGGGAGGAAGAGGGAAUGGGUUGCCGAAAAGAGCGAGCUUGCGACCCUGCUAGGUAACAUCAAGACCAAAUUGGGCACAUACCGGCUGCGGCCGUAUGACCCUCCGCCAGAGCUGUCUCUCGAGACGAUGGAGAGGGAGUGGUCUGGCCUGUCAAAGACGGAGAUGACGCGGGCGCAGUUGAUCAACGAGACCAUCAGGGAUAUCAAGAACGCGCUGCGCAAGUCCUUCGCCGACAAGGCCAACGACUUCGCCAUGGCACUGAACACCAUGCAGCUGGCAAUCUCGGGCUUGGAUGGCGACGUCGAGGACCAGCUCCACCACGUCCGCAAGCUCAGCGACAACCUGCCGCCGCUCGACAAGUACCUCGAGACCAUUGCCGCCGUGGACGCAAAGUGCCAGGAGGCCAACAUUGAGGAAAACGACUUCACGACGUACACGUACGACGAACUCGUUUACGAGCACGGCCUCGUCAAGUCGUCGGUGCAGAAGAAGCUCGCCUUCCUCGACAACCAGAUGGUCGCGCGCAACAUGACCAACCUCACGCCGAUCCAGCUCGAGGAGUUCGAGUCCGUCUUCCGCCACUUCGACCGCGACGACACCAACUCGCUCCAGGAGCUCGAGUUCAGCGCCGCCCUGGCCUCGCUGGGCCUCGUCUUCUCCGAGGACGAGAUGCACGACUACUUCAUGGACACGUCCAAGGGCCGCGACCACGUCACCUUUGAGCAGUUCAUCCGCUUCAUGGUUGACGUCACCGAGGACCAGAACACGGCCGAACAGGUCUUCCAGUCCUUCCGCGAGGUCGCCGACGGCAAGCCCUACGUCACCGAGAUGGACCUCCGCCACUCUCUCGUCCCCGACGAGGUCAUUGACAAGCUCAUCGAGAUCAUCCCUCCGCACAACGGCCCGGACACGGCCGAGGACCGCGGCAUGCCGCAGUAUGACUACAUCGCCUUCAUGGACAAACUUAUCAGCGACGAGAAGGAGGCGGGCACCGCCGUACCCAGCGGCGUCUUGCAGGAGCGCACCAACCGCGCCAGCAUGCUACCGCCCAAGGAUCCCAAGCUGAAUGGUAAUCACUGA